CGGCAAGAAGAAGGGACCGUUCGCAUGCGCAGUUUGUAGUGUCUUGUAGCGCCGGGCCUAGUCUGGUUUUGGGGAGAUGUUACACGUGGAGUGCUCUGUACGGAGCCGGCUGGCGGUGUGACGCUCUCCGGGGACGUUGGGACAGACCGUAGAGGCUGAAGAUGUCGGUCCCGGUGGCAGGGCUCCCCCGGCGCCUGGCGCUCUCAGCCUUGGCCGGUGCUGGUCGCUUUUGCGCUUUGGGGUCUGGAGGGACGAGGUGGAGGGGCGUCCCCGCGGGGCACCGCCGGGGCUUGGCUGACCUCCAGCCGAAGCGGGUGCCCCGUCAGGGCUUCAAAGACUCAGACUCGUGGUUGCCCAAGUACCGCUCAGAGCGCAAGAGUUACAUAACCAAUCCGAACCUGGCCACGACCUUGGUGCGGAUCCUGAAGGAAGAGGCGAAAAGCCCUGACCAGCUCUUCCUGGAGUGCAAUCCAGGUCCUGGAAUCCUGACUCAAGCAUUACUUGAAAGCAAGGCCAAGGUGAUUGCCCUUGAAAGUAACAGAACUUUUCUUCCACAUUUGGAGUCCCUGCAGAAAAAGAUGAAUGGAAAACUAGAAGUGGUCUACUGUGACUUCUUUAAAAUGGACCCUAGAAAUUUUGGAAUAGUAAAACCUCCCAUCAUGAUUUCAGAAACGCUUUUUCGGCAUUUGGGAAUAGAAGCAGUUCCUUGGUCAAAAGAUACCCCAUUAAGAGUAGUUGGAAUCUUCCCAUCAAAAAAUGAGAAAAAGAUACUUUGGAAACUUUUAUAUGACCUGUAUUCUUCUACUUCUAUAUUUAGUUAUGGACGAGUAGAACUAAAUAUGUUUAUUACUGAAAAAGAAUAUGAGAAACUCGUGGCAAAUCCCCAAAAUCCACACUUGUAUCAAGCAUUAAGUGUGCUCUGGCAAGUAGCUUGUAAUAUUAAGCUUCUGCAUGUGGAGCCUUGGUCCUCGUUUGGCGUAUACCGCCACAGUGGGGGACAGGAAAAGGUGAAGAAUAAGAAUCCAUUAGUACAAACAGAUAAACAAGUAGAAGAAAACAUGUGUUUAAUUCAACUGACUCCUCUUGAGAAUUUAUUUACAGAAAAUUUAACAUCUGUUAACUAUGAUAUAUUUUUUCACAUGUUAAAGCAGUGUUUUAUGAAGCGCAAUUUCAGACUAAUGGACCAUUUACAGUUAUUGAGUCCAGUUAAUGCAACGGCUAUAUUGAAGGAAAUGGGAAAACAUGGAGACAUGAAAAUAACAGAUCUGUACCCUCAAGACUUUAAACAGCUUUUUGAAACUAUAGAGUAUUUCAAAGAAUCUUGUAGGUGGCUAUUUGAUGAUUGCAUGGAAGAAAUGAUCGUGUAGGGUACUUGACUGCCCACACAUUAGCUGGAGCCAUUGAUUUAUUUGGAAGUUACGGCACAGAUGGGAGAGAACUAAGUUUGAAAAGCUUCCAGUCUUUCAACAGAAGAUAACUAUUCUUGUUUUGCAGAUUGGGCAGGUAAUUUCUUUUGAAGGUGGUACUUUUAGCAAAUUAGAUAAAACUAUGGCUGCUAUUUCAUUCACAAAAAAUAAAGUGAAAACUUAACUUUUAA